AUCGGUUCAUCAUUAAUUACCAACAAUUGUUUUGUGCGCAAUAACAUUGAUUGAACACUAGUAGUUGCGGUUUUUCCGGGAAAAAUGAGAUGAAACUGUGCACAGGGAUUCUAACCUCAAUAUGGUUCGAUUCAAGAACAGGUAUAUUACGGUUGAAAUUACCUUGAAAGACGGUGAGGAGAGACUUCUGGUGCUAAAGCCUUCUGCACUGUACCAUGCUGUUCAAAAAAGUGUGGAGAAGAUGUAUGGAGACUUUGGGCUGGCAUCGAUCAAGGCCGGAUUGAACGCUCAAUAUUGCAAUCCACACACAAGAAUAGCUCUUAUCAAGUGUCGACAUGGGCCCCACAAUUUUUUAAUUAAUGCUAUUCCCACAAUUAACGAUGUCGGUGGAAAAUUCGUGGAGAUGAAGAUACUCUACGUCGGAGCGACCAUGAAGAACUGUUUUUUGUUUAUCAAGAAACAUCAGCGAAAAACGUUGGAGACUGCCUGGGGAACACUGAGAAAUGAUCAGGAGAAGAAGAAAAUGAUUGAAAUACUGAUGACCUUGACAUCAGAAAUGAAAGAUUUUAGGUAGUGACGAAUUAUAAUUUAAUUGUAUCUAAUGAUUAAGAGAGGGUUCAUUACCAUAUUUUUAAGGUCAAAUAAAAAUUGUUUCUGAUAUUUA